GUUUUCUGCACAUUUGCUUCUCAAGCCAUGGAAUGUUUCGAACACUUGCGAACAUCAUAAGAGCGCCUUAUGCCAUGGCUUCAACUCAACCCAAAGUGCCUAUUCCACGCAAUGGCGUCGAUUAUCGCGGUAAAAUCGUCCUUGCACCCAUGGUGCGAUCUGGAGAAUUGCCUUCGAGAUUAAUGGCACUUAAAUACGGAGCCGAUCUCGUCUGGGGACCAGAGACCAUCGACAAAGCGAUAAUCGGAACCGAGCGCCACGUUUGUGAGAGGACUGGUACCGUCUAUUGGAGUCGCUAUCCUUCUUCAUAUCUCAAAAAUCCAGCUCUGAAUCCGAGUAACAGGGAGAGUGUCAUAUACAGACUACAUCCAGAGCUUGAAGGCAAGAAACUUAUCUAUCAGAUUGGUACCGCAACUCCCGAGCUUGCUGUGAAGGCGGCAACAAUGGUUGCUGGAGACGUCGCUGGCAUAGAUUUGAACUCUGGUUGCCCUAAACCGUUCUCAACGUCUGGGGGGAUGGGCGCCGCGCUUCUCAAAGAUCCGGAUAGAUUGGUUUCAAUUCUUGAAGCAUUGGUUAAAGAGGUCGGACAGAAAUUUGAAAUCGGAAUCAGUGUGAAGAUCCGGAUCUUGGACAAGAUCGAAGAAACAGAAGCGCUCGUGAGGAGGCUGGUAAAGACAGGCAUCACUGGCUUGACGGUGCACUGCAGGACUCCGCCUAUGCGACCACGAGAACGCGCGAUACGAGACCAAUUAAGAAUGAUUGCAAACGUGUGCCACGAAGCUGGUGUUGCCUGCAUCAUGAACGGUGACGUUGAAAGCAGAGAUCAAGCACUCCAGCUCAUGCAAGAAUAUGGCGUGGAUGGAGCCAUGAUCGCCACAGCGGCAGAAAAAAACCCGAGUGUCUUCCGUGCUAAUUCAGACGGGGGCAUCGCACCGUGGAGACAGGUUGUCAGAGAAUACGUCGAAACUGCGCUGGCAGUUGACAAUAGAUGGGCUAACACAAAGUUCCUGCUGGCGCAGCUGAUCCCAGGCAAGGAGGACAAGUACUUACACAUUCAGCAAAGCAGGAGCCACGUUGAAAUCGUCAGGGCCCUUGGGUAUGACGAUCUGAUCGAGAAGGCUGCAGAGCUUGACACGCGAUUUGGUCUUCAGCAGAAGCUUGAGAUGACUAGGCCGAUCAAAAGAGCAGCAGCACGGCAAUAUGCCAAAGAAGAGAUGAAAAAGGCUAAAUUUGAGCAAUCCAUAACCGAGGAGUCCACGGAAAGAAGUGAAGACGUAGACGAGGUAUUAAAUGCAGCUCAAGCAGCAAUCGCUGUGUGAAGCUGUUGAAGCUGGCAUAUAGAUGGGUCCAAUAGAGCGGUGAACGUGCAAAUGUGAUGUAACAUUCGAGAAUAUUAUAAAAGAUCGGAUGAAUUGACCUAUAUAACGUCGUGUCGCAGGGUAUAUCUCGUAAUAAUAACUAAAAUCCCAAAGCACAAACGGCGUCGUUUACCACCUGUGC